GCCGGCCAGGCCGCUUCCACCGCGGCGGCGGCGACGAUGAAGGCGGAGGUGGGAGAUGGCAGCAUGAUCAACCUGUCGGUACAGCAGGUGCUCAGUCUGUGGGCGCACGGCACCUCGCUCCGGCAGCUCACUGAAAUGUGGUACUGGGUUUUCCUAUGGGCUCUCUUCUCCUCUCUCUUUGUCCACGGUGCUGCAGGAGUUUUAAUGUUUGUGAUGCUGCAGAGGCAUAGGCAAGGGAGAGUAAUCUCUGUCAUUGUGGUCAGCAUUGGAUUUCUGGGUUCUGUAACUGGAGCUAUGAUAACCAGUGCAGCAGUGGCUGGAAUUUACAGAGUAGCUGGGAAAAGCAUGGCUCCCUUGGAAGCACUGGUGUUUGGAGUUGGGCAGACUGUACUGACACUAAUUAUUUCAUUUUCAAGGAUUCUUGCUACACUUUGAGUCUUCUGUGAAAACUUUGUUUUUAUAAGGAACCAGUCUGCAGUUAAGCUUCCCAGAAGCGAUUUUGGUAUCUGAUGGAUUUGAAUUGUGAGGGCAAAUGCAUGGAAUGUGGACUACAAAGCUAGAGUUCCCAUCCAUUUGGAAAGGACUUCCCUCUAGAGUCCAAAAAUGACACACUACUGCACUGCACCUAAUGUGCCUCUGUCACAGGCAAGGUGUGAUCAGUUUAGGAGAAGCUGCAAGAUAAAGCACCUUGUGAAGCUGCUAAUCAGGCAAAUGGUUGGUGAUAUCAUUAUUCUUAACAGUAUUGAAAAAAAUACAGGGGCUUUUCUGAAAAAUGGAUAAAUGUGCCAAAUGUGAAGUUGAUUUUUUUCCUUUUUAAAUAUUGAUUGUGUGACCAUUUAAUUUAAAUGUGUAGUAAUUGAGUGCUGCAAACAUAAUUCAAAAGAAUUCAGGUAUACUAGCAAGGCACUUGCUUUUUUAUUAUAUUAACUGAAUCCACUCAGUGCAGAAUGUUAACAAGCCUAUGUGGUGGUGGUGGGCGGGGGCUGGACACUACUUGAUCUUUGAGUUUACAUAUGAGCAUUGCUGGGAUUCAGUGGCUGAAAUAAAACUCUGGUCACAACAUGAAUGUGAUUGACCCAAUAUAGGAGUUCUUUAUGAAGGGAUUUUAAAGGUAAAUCUUUCUUUCAAAAAAUCAAUUACAUUGAUCUUGUUACAAUUAAACAUACAGUAAUGACAUUUAUAGACCAGUAGGAACCAUAGUCCUGAAAAGCACAUGUUUACUGUAUAGUCUAAUCUACAAUGACAAUAACAGACAAAUAAAAAGGAGAGCUUUUGCAUGUGAUUAUGCCAGAAUUCUGAACAAAUAGUUCUGGUAAAUUGUCAGUAUCAAAACAGACAAUUUUAAGCCUUGUUUCCAUUUCCCAACAUUUAAAUAAUUUUGCGGUGAUUAUAUGUGACUUUCAUAUGCCUAAUUUCUGGUAGUCAUGUUUUCUGUGUGUGAUGUUUUAACAAGAGCAGUGGUAGUGUGAAUGCAGUGUCUUAAUGUAAAAUGUUACAAAGUAAACAAAGACAAAUUACAUUACACAAUCUAAAUGGAGAAACUUAGGAGAGGAGUGAAUAAAUCAAACCUUUGGCUGAACUCACAUUGCCCUUUUUAAUUGUAUGUAAAUUAAGCCACACUGCCUGUAUAAGCAUCUGGAAGAAGGGGGAAGGCUCCUUACUUCUGGAAGCCCAGUGUAGGUGGCAAUAUUUUGAGAGCCCACUUUAGUAUUUACCAGACGUCCCUAGGUGCUGUUGCUGCAUAGCUACUGAAGACAACACUUUCUUCACUCUGGCUAUGGCUGCUCUUCUCUGUGUAGAGAGGCAGAAUGCAGGAAUCACUCCUCACUAGAAACUUGGAACAAACUAGGCAGAUGCAGAAGAGGUGGAAGGACUCUAGCUGACACUGUCGUUACUGGCUGCUGAAAGAAGGGAGCCUGUUCCCUUCUUGGUGCUGAUGCUGUUGGUGAAGGGCUUGAUUUCCUAUGUUCCUUCACUGAAAGGACAACAUCUGAAUUGGCCCUUAAUGUUUUGUUUAAAAUAGGCAGUCUGUCUAUACAUGCAUCUGGGAUGGUAGAAACAAGGCCACAGGUUGCCAGGAUAGAAAGUAAUGUAAUGCCUACAAAAAUCAUACCUGCAGCAAUAAUAUUCUGACAGCACAGUGCUUUGUUCUAUAGCCUUUCUAAAUAUUGUGGAGAAGAUCACAAUUUGUCUUCAUAUAUGCUAGUAAAUUGCCACUGGAGGUUAUUUUGCUUCCUUUGGUCAAGAGAGAUACUGUUUUUUAAAAAAUUCUUUCUUCAUUCUUAUAUUUGUGGCAAUAGGCUGCUAUCCUGCAAGGACCUAUGUGUACAAAUUGGACUGCUUCAUUUCUGUGUACUUGCAGAGCUGUGUUUGCUAUAUCCACAAGUAGAAACUUCAUGUUCACCCAAGGCUCUGAAUCGGGGUCAUAGGAGCAUGGGAGUAGUAUUAACAGCUAGGUAUUUAUUAAAGGAACAAUGGACAUAUUUCGUUAUUUGUGUUUCAGAUAAUUUUAACUUAAAUACUAAGGUACACUAUAAACAUACAGUGGUAUAAAAUAUUUAAUUUAUAGUGCCUUGAGUAUAUACUAGAAAAAAGGUCUAGCUCAUUGUUCAUUUACUGCUGUUCUGUCUUUGCUAUUAAUUAGAUUAACUGUUUGACAGUGUGGUUGGUUGUGGUAGUUUGUGUCAACACUAAAAAUAUAAAAGAUAAAACUUGGCAAAGUCAUCUUCAUAUUACCCCAGUUCAAGUCAGUGCAGAAAGCUUAUGUUCUGUUGUUAAUUUAAGUUCAGAGCUGACAGAAGUAUUACUGUAUCUUCAGGGUUUUAUCAUUAGAAAAUUGCAUAUUGGUUUCCAUAAUUUAUUGAGCAUCAGAACAAGAUGUAUGUGAUACUGUUGUGAAUGUUAUAUGUGAAGUGAUUUUAUGUCUAGUGUUAUAUGUAGUGAUUUAAUGAUGCUACAAAGUGAGCACUUCUCAGGCCCCAGUACUAAAGACAGUUGUUAAGACUAUAUAUGUAAGCUUCUAUGGACUUGAGGGCUAUAUGCUUGAAGCUCAGAUGCUUCCAGUGUUGUUCCAAUGUUAGUACUGCCUCAUUCUUACAAGGCUCCAGUAGUUGUCACAAGAAACCAGUCCCAUCAGUAUUAAGUCUAGACUAGGAAUAAUUUAUAGGUCAGGUAUAUACUUUGUUAAAAUAUUGCAACAUAUUUAUUUGGUACCAACAGUAUGAGAGGUUCCAAGCAUUCUAUCUCAAGAAGGGAUGUGCUCAAAACGUUGCAGAACUGUUUUGCACUAGGAAGCAACUGUAGAUCAUGUCAUGUAACACUCAGCUACCAAGAUGUUCUUAGAUUAAAUCAAUGUAUAUGAUUACUACUCUUUUUCUAUAAAAGAUGAAGAAAAUCUUCUCUUGCAGACACUGUUCAGUAAUGGAUACUAAACUACAUGUUUGAAAAAACAUCUAGUAUCAGUAGUGAAGAAAUAUCUGGCCCUAUGCCUUUCAACAGGAUACAUUAAACUUGUAUAUUGAAGUGACUGCAGCAGAGUUAGUUAUUCAUUGCAUUUUAAAAUUGAUUUCUAUAAUAAAACAGGAAUGAAGUAACUAAGGAAAUGUGUUUCUGAUAGCAAUAUUCUUCUGUAUUCAGUCUUGAAAGUAAUGUGUAAGGAGUAAUGUUAAUAAGGCAGAAUUUCAUCUGUCAAAAAGGGCAAGUUUUUCUGUACCAAUCUUGUUUCUUUCAAACUUAAAGUAGUGUGCUUUAUUUUAGGGUGAAAUGUUUUUUGUAUAAAUGGCAUUAAAAUGAUAUCUUCAGCUGCUAAAAGAAAUGAAAGAUAUCUACACUAAUCUUCAAAAAUUCAUCUGAAGAAAUGAUUCAAUGUGCUACUUGAUAAGUAUUCUGAUUUGUAAAAGAAGCCCAUGUAAAGUUUAUGCAAUUACCAGUAUUUAACCACUAACUCUGAAUUACCAACAACUGUUUGAGGGCAGUUGAAAAUUUCACAUAAUUCAAGAUCACAUUUCACAUUAUGAAAAUUUCACAUAAUUCAAAAUUUCUUUAUGAAAAUUUCACAUAAUUCAAGGUCACUUUAUGAAACCUAAUCUUAUGAAAGAGUAGGUUUCAUAAAGCGAUCUCUCACGUUUCUCUAACAGAAUUCUAGGCAUUCUUUAGUUAUUCAGAGCCACAGGUAGUAUUAAGUUGAUUUUAAUUUAUGAAUACAUGGACCAAAGAGGUGGUUAGUACUCAUUGUAUUUACCUGUAAAAUAGCAGUCUAAAUAUAUUUUUCUUGAUUAAAUUGAGGAAAGCGGAAAAUGUUUCCGCUUCAGUUUUGCACUUUGCUAUAUUUUGUUUCAGUAUGAUAAACUUCUUUCUACUUGAAGCUUGCGUAUUUUUGUUGUAUUGUAGUAUAACCAAGCAAUCAGCUUUCAAUUAAAUUGAUUUUUUAAAAUUA